AAGGAUCAUCCUAAUCCUGGACAAAGUUUUCAGGGAGCUCACCGGACAGCUUACCUUCCAAAUAACCCUGAAGGGAAAGAUGUAGCUAAGCUCCUGAGAAGGGCGUUUGAUGCUAAACUCGUAUUUACUGUCGGAACAUCAACAACAUCUGGGUGCUCAAAUGUAGUUACAUGGAACGAUAUUCAUCACAAAACCAGUGUACAUGGUGGACCAGAACGAUAUGGUUAUCCUGAUCAGACUUACUUGAAGCGGGUAAAGGCAGAACUUGCUGCCAAAGGCAUUGAGUGAGGACGCCAUAGAGGUGUUUAUCCAAAGCCAUUGGUUGUGAUCAGCAGUAACAUACCUAUGGGGGCUCAUGGGAAAGUGGAGGGGGGUAAGGUUGCAGUGUAGUAGCUGAAGAAAGGAAGUGAUAUACUGUAAUAUGAAUUUUAACUACUUAUAUCAAAUUCCCAAUGGGAAGGUGUCUGAGGCUUUCUCCCCCACCAUCCACUGCCCAUAGUUAUGCAAAGGGUGGAAACAACUAAUGGACAAAUAAAUACUUUAUAGACAAACUGACAGACAUAGAUUUUGUUUAUUUUAUUUUAUUAAAAGCAGAACCAGUCUGAAAUCAAAGUAUGAAUGGAUAGAAUAUUAUUUGUUUUUUAUUUUUAAAGUUUGUUCAAUAGUACUUACAAAAUGUAUAAAAAAAUAAUGUAAAAGAUUAAUAACAUUGCAACACAUAUUAUUUGGUGUCAUUAUCUAUGGCUAGAUUCUUUUCAUCAUUUUGGUUUUCCUUAUACAGCAUUUAGCAUGUAUAAUUCUAUUAAUUUUUUGUUCAGCAUAUAGCCUUUUGAAAGAACAAAUAAAGCGCUGUUCUGUGGUGGAUCCUAGGAAUGGCAAAAACGGUAACUCCCUCCUCUCCCAACCCAGGCAGCCUACAAAAGAUCACUAAACAAGUUUCAAAUCAGCACUGUUAGACAAUUGCCUUGUGUAUCCUGUUUAUAAAACGUGUGUAAUGAACGCUAUAUGGUUUAUAUAUGCUCAUAUUAUUAUCAUUAUUAUUAUUAGUUUUAGUAUUAUUAAAAUGGGUAAUUAAACACAUUUUGUAUUUUCUAAGUCAUUUCAAACUAGCUACAGGAUUAGAACUAGCUAUAAGGUUAGAACUCUACACCCUCAAAACCAUUGCAAAACUGGUUUGAGCUCAGCACCGUCGAGUGAUUUUUCAUAUUUGUUUUUUAUUUCAUAAUUUUGUAUAUAUAUUAUUAUUUUGUUUUUUCUUUCUAAUUUCAAUAUCAGUUUUAAAUGUCAAUGAGGAAAAACCCUAUGUUGUUUUACAAACAGACAUAGUAAGUCUUGUUAUUUCUAUUAAUAUAAUAAUUCCUAGAAAUUCUAUACCUAUUAUGCAAUCCCUCCUGGAUAACUUAAAUGAAUGGUGUUUUCUUAAUCAGAUGGUACCCAAACCUUCUAAAUGUCACAUCCUUACUAUAAAUUUUUUGUAGCAUAAAACUCCUGAAAUGAUUUUGCCGAAUUUUACCCUAAAUGGAUCAGUACUUGAUGUAGUUGAUCAUAUCCGAUUACUGGGUGUAAUUAUUCAAAGUAAUCUUAAGUGGGAUCUC